CAAGCAACCAUUUGCUUCUAAAUUUAUCGUUUUCUGAAUUCUGAUAAGGAAACAUCCAAACCAAUUGUUGGGCGUGCAGAAUUACAAGCCACUCGCUUUUCGGCCCCUUUUUGGGGCUUUGUCUUCCUUUCUCUUCCUUCCAUUUUCUUGGAAGUUCGAAACCACUCUUCUGCUUCACUCCUUCAUCACCGUCAAAAUCAGAGAUGGCACUUCAAACUCGCUUUCUUCACAACACUCUCUACAAGAACCCUUGUGCUUCUUCAUCACUUCCUCACUCUUCAGCCUCCUUGUUCUCCAAUCACCAACACCUCGAUUCAUCCCCACCUGCAUUUCGCAUUCCUACUUUUCCUUCAAAUCCAUUCCUUAGAACUCCCCGGACGCAUCGUGAUUGGUUAGUCACUUGCGUUAAUCGGAAUCUAGAACUCAUUGAUGAUAGCCGCGAAACUUCUGUGGCAAAUGAGGAUUAUGUGGAGGAGGAUUCUCGGGAACAAGAUGGCGAAGUUGAAGUCGGGGGAGAGGUUGAGAAGAAGGAACUGGCUGACCAGAGUAUAUGGGGUCAGAUGAAGGAAAUUGUCAUGUUUACAGGACCAGCAACGGCACUUUGGAUAUGCGGACCACUGAUGAGUCUCAUUGAUACGGCUGUUAUUGGUCAGGGAAGCUCCAUUGAGCUAGCUGCCUUAGGCCCUGCUACAGUUGUGUGUGAUUACAUGAGUUACGCGUUUAUGUUUCUCUCGAUUGCAACUUCUAACAUGGUUGCUACUGCCCUUGCUAAACAGGAUAGAGACGAAGUACAGCAUCACAUCUCUGUCUUGCUUUUAGUUGGGUUAGUUUGUGGCUUCGUGAUGCUUUUGUUCACAAGAUUCUUUGGUGCAUCAAUGCUCACUGCUUUUACUGGGUCAAAGAAUUUGCAUGUAGUUCCUGCAGCAAACACUUACGUACAGAUUCGAGGCUUGGCAUGGCCUGCAUUACUUGUUGGAUGGGUUGCUCAAAGUGCUAGUCUUGGUAUGAAGGAUUCCUGGGGACCCUUGAAGGCUUUGGCCGCCGCUAGUGCUGUAAAUGGCAUUGGUGACGUAGUAUUAUGUAUUUUUCUGGGCUAUGGUAUUGCAGGGGCCGCGUGGGCUACAAUGGCAUCACAAGUGGUUGCUGGGUACAUGAUGCUUCAGAGUCUAAAAGAGAAGGGAUAUAAUGCAUAUGCCCUCUCCAUCCCCUCAGCCCAAGAGCUUUUUUCGAUAGUUGGGCUUGCUACCCCUGUAUUUGUUACACUGAUAUCAAAGGUGGCUUUCUACUCACUACUUAUAUAUUUUGCCACAUCAAUGGGCACACAUACAAUGGCUGCUCAUCAAGUCAUGGUUCAAACCUACACCACAUGUACAGUAUGGGGUGAACCUCUCUCUCAAACUGCCCAAUCAUUUAUGCCGGAAUUGAUUUAUGGCGCUAAGCGGAGUUUGGCAAAGGCUAGAGUACUUCUAAGGUCUCUAGUAAUAAUUGGAGCUAUACUCGGAUUGCUGUUAGGAAUUGUUGGGACAUCAAUUCCUUGGUUAUUCCCCAAAAUUUUUACACCCGAUCAGAUGGUUAUCCAGGAGAUGCACAAGGUGCUGAUUCCAUACUUCUUAGCGCUUGCUGUAACACCCUCCACUCUUAGCCUUGAAGGAACAUUGCUGGCUGGACGCGAUCUGAGAUUUAUGAGUUUAUCAAUGGGCGGAUGCUUCACCUUCGGUGCAUUUAUCCUAUUGAUACUGAGCAGCAGGUAUGGCUUGCAAGGCUGCUGGUUUUCGCUCGCAAUAUUUCAAUGGGCUCGCUUUUCGAUGUCCCUCCAGCGUCUUCUUUCGCCCAAUGGCAUGUUAUUCUCUGAAGAUUUUGAGCAGUAUAAGCAGCUCAAGGCUGCGUAGGUUGGGAGCUCUGUUUUAUAAUAAUCAUGACACACCUUAAUCGGGAUAGAAGCACUCUUGUAUUUAUAGUAUCAAAAAGGUAGGCAUGCGCUUGUGAUCAUAUGCCAGGGCUCACAUGAUUAAUUCUUAGAAGCAUGACGUAAUGCAAGCAAUUUAUAUGCCCAAGUGCUCCGACUGUAAUUUUAUUUCUAAAUUUAGAUCGAUAUUAUAUUCAGCGAUCCAGGCACACAAACCAGGCCCGAUGGAGAAGGUAUUACACACCUAAAAUUCGGUAUCAUUUAUAUGCUUCCUCCAUAAAAAUAUUUAUUGCCAAAACU